UGGCCAUGAAACGGUCGAAAUCGUGAUUAUAAACGAUGAUUUUACACUUUUACCAUAUCAUAUUAUUAAAUAAAUCAAUGAUGAGUUGGUAAUUUUAUCGUCAUUGUUUUCCUCUUAAGCCGAAAGCAAGACAGCAGUUUUUGCUGUUUUGUCUUAUCAACAAGCUCAUAGUUUUUCAGUUUGUUAUCAGCAAAAUUGUGUGUUGUGCUAUUCAGAUUAUUCAAGGCCGAAUGGAAUGCGAUCAUGAGCUAACGGAGUUAACACGCGAUGAGCUUAGUGGAAUUGAACGGGAAUUUACACGAUUGAAAGACAAAUGCUACCUCGAUCACGCUGGAACGACACUGUACGCGGACUCGCAAAUUCGUGCGGUCCAGCAGUGUCUAACGGAAAAUUUACUAUGCAAUCCGCACACGAGUCGAACCACCGAAGAUUUGAUCGAUCAAGUUCGAUUCCGUACAUUGAGACACUUUAAUGUGCGCUCCACGGAGUAUAGCGUAAUAUUUACGUCCGGAGCGACGGCCAGCCUUCGUCUGGUGGCGGAAUAUUUCCACUUUGGCCAGUCCGGGUCGUUCGUGUAUCUAAGUGAUAAUCAUACCUCCGUUUUGGGUAUGCGAGAGAUCGUUAGUACGAAACGAAUCGUGCCAAUUAUCCGGGAACAGUUGAUCCCGGAAGAAACCAUUGGAACAGAGAACGCGCUGGACGCUGACUCCCUGCUUGUUUUUCCUGCACAAUGUAACUUUAACGGAGUGAAAUAUCCACUGGAAAUGAUCACGGAAAUUCAACGCAACGGUCUCAAUGGUUACAGUAGGGAACGAUUCCAUAUCUGCUUAGACGCAGCGAGUUAUGCCGGAACGAGCUUUCUCGAUUUGAGCAUAUAUAAACCGGAUUUUGUAUGUCUAUCUUUUUAUAAGAUAUUUGGGUUUCCAACUGGCUUGGGAGCACUACUGGUACGUAAAGAUGCAUCUGAUUUGCUCCGCAAACGGUACUACGGAGGAGGUACCGUGAAGAUAGCAAUGGCUGGGCAGAAUUUUCAUGUUAAGCGCGAUUCGUUGGUCGAACGGUUUGAAGAUGGAACCGUUCCAUUCACUUCGAUUGUGUCCGUUUUGCAAGGCUUCGAUACCCUGGAACGGUUAGUGCCCUCUCGUGGAUUGGGAAGAAGCUCGAUAAAACGCAUUUCGCAUCAUACGUUCCUUAUUGGUCAAUAUUGUUACCGGCGAUUGGAAGCUCUUCGAUAUCCGAGUGGCGGUGAAGUGAUUCGGUUGUAUCACGAUACGAAGUUUGAGAACCGAUCGCUACAAGGUGGCAUAGUAAACUUCAACCUGUUACACGAGGACGGUAGCUUCAUAGGAUUUGCCGAGUUUGCAUAUUUAGCUAGCGUUCAUAACAUUAUUCUGCGAACGGGAUGUUUUUGCAACCCAGGUGCUUGCCAGAGAUUGCUCGGUUUAACAGAUGAAGACGUGCUGAAACAAUUCAAGGCCGGACAUGUGUGUGGUGAUGCCAAUGACCUGAUCGACGGACAGCCGACUGGCUCAGUUCGAGUAUCCUUUGGUUAUAUGUCCCAACAGAGAGACGUUGAUCGUCUGGUGGAAAUGAUAGAAAAAUGUUACCUCAGAAAAACACUCCACAAUGGUAUUUCCCGAACGCAGAUUGUUUCCAGCUACAAAAACCACGAUCAACCUCGCUUGAAAGUAAUUUGUUUGUUCCCGAUUAAAUCGUGCGGAGCGUUUAAAAUUUCCGACAGCUGGCCUCUUUGUCGGAAAGGAUUAAAAUAUGAUCGUGAAUUUGUAAUAGUCGACGAAAACGGUGUUGCGCUCACCCAGAAAAAUCUAACUGAAAUGUGCCUCAUCCAACCAAGGAUCAAUCUACAAACUAAAGAAAUGGUUCUGUCCCAUCCAAAAAUGCCUGAGCUUGCAUUGGAUUUGCGGAUGUUAUCAAACAAAGGCCGCUCGAUCAAGUUUUGUCAAACGAAAGUUUGUCAAGAUGAAGUUCAAGCCGUGGACUGCGGUGACGAGGUGGCCGAUUGGCUUAGUCUUGCUUUGCAGACCUCCGGUUUGCGUUUGUUGCGACAAGCCGCCGACGAAGUGCGAACUUUCCAACAUUCCACCAAAGAAAUCGCCCUCUCCAAUCAAGCUCAAUUUUUAUUAAUUAAUCAGGCUUCGGUGCGGUGGCUGGCGGACAAAGUACCAGAUUGGGACGAUUUGGGAACAGAGCCAAAUCUAGAUUCACUAGUUGAUCGAUUCCGAGGAAACUUGAUCGUUGACGGUGUGCAAGCUAUGGAGGAAAUCGGCUGGAAGCGUGUAACGAUCGGGGACCGUUUAGAGUUCGCAGUGGACGGUCCGUGCUCUCGCUGUCAGAUGGUUUGUAUCGAUCAGAGAACAGGUCUGAAGACGGUGGAACCACUGCGAACAAUUGCUCGCGAAUUUAAGGGAAAGAUUUGUUUUGGAAUUUACCUCUCACAUUCGGCUUUCGAUUUGUCUUCGCCGGAUGAGAUAUUCUUACACUGCGGAUCGACAAUUCACGGGACGAUUGAAUAACACUGUUUACUUCGAGUUCCUGCUAGAGUUGGCUAUUCUGUCAUUGCACUACACAAUCUGUGAUCGGUUGCUCUUUGACCCUCUGCAGUGGGCGUCCCUCUUUUGCGGCCUGCACUUGCUGUACAACUUCCUCAUACUCGGGAAACGACAACGAGGCUAGCUUGGAGUGGACAAGCGUAUCGUUGAUUUGCACCUCGAACGAUCCUCGGCGUCCUGUUCGGCAGGAUACCUGUGUCCCUGGCACGUGCUCCGCGAUCACCCGACUCAGCUCAAGGCACUGUGGUUUGGAGUUGCACACGUUGCUGUGGAUAUUAUAUGAUUAUAUUAGCUACAUUUAAAAAUCUUGACAGAAUCAAUAAAUUGUUGUUUGUUUCAA